CCAGUAAUGAGCGGAUGGUUACGAAAUAUUCAAGGACAAUUAACAGAUUUGGCAAAUGAAGUGCUAAAUGAGGCGAAUGAUGUGUUGGCAGAGGCCACAGAAGAAGUUCAAGAUCCUGAUGGAGAGAUUAUUGUAGCUAAAAAAAAGGCAGCUGAAGCCGAAAAGCAACUUGCAAUCGAAACUUCGCGUGUCGAACUUCUUGGAAACGAAAAGAGCCAUUUGGAGCAGCAGCUGUAUGAUGCUCAUGUCGAAAUGGACGCGAUUGGGGCGAAAUUCAACGGAAUGGUUAAGCAGAGAGAUGAUGAGAUUAAAAAGUUGAAGACCCAAAUGGAGCAACUCCAAGAAUCCGGCUGGAAUGAGUCUACAUCAGAUAUUGAUCAGAUUUGUGAGCUCAAAAAGCAAGUUUCACACUGGAAAUCACUUGCUGAAGAGAAAUCUGGAGACGGCGGCGGCGGCGGUGAAAAAGAAGAAGAAGAAAUGAUCAAAUUAUCAGAGUUAGAAAAACGAAUCGAAGCUCUCCGGCAACAGAAAGAGCACGAAAUUCAGUCACUUGUCGAGUCACACGCUGAAAAUGUACUUGAAAUGAGAGAAAUGUAUGAGGAAAAGAUUGCCGCAAUGCAGGUACUUCCCUACAAUGCAUCAUCAUCAACAUCAAAUGCAGAUGCCCUUGACGCUGUUAUGCUCGAACGAGAAGAUCUGCUCCUCCUGCAACAUCAAAAAUCUACGAAUGGAAGUGACGGCGGAGAUGGUGAACGGCCUGUCGUUGUAGAUUUGGGAAGUCACGAUGAACUUGUUGAUGAACGAAUUCGACAAAUGGAGGUGGAACUGCAACGGUGUAGAGAUGAGAAAAUGGAAUGCCAACACAAUUCGGAUGCACAAAUUGAGGAUUUGAAGACGCAGAAUAAGGAGCUGGCGAAUGCUUAUACGGAGUUGAAUGAGGAAUUUGAAGGGUUCAAGGAGCAACACACAGCCACUCAAAAUGCGAACAACGAUCUGAACCGACGCAUCGACAGUUUGAAGGCGAAUCUAAUUGAAUAUGAGGAGAGAUACGAGAUUUGUAAAAAAGAAUCGGCGGAAACAGCUUCACAACUCAUCAAAUUAACCAAUGACUUUGCACGUCUUAAAACCGGAGUUGAUAGUGUCAGUCAACGGAGAGAAGACUGUGAUACAAUGGUUAAUGAGGAAGUUGAUAAGUUACGAGCAUCACUUGAAGAGACACGUCAAGAUAGGGAACAUCUUCGAUCCGAUGUACAGAAGUUCCAGGUUGCUGUUGGAGAAAUUGAUGUGGAGCUGGAUAAGCUGCGAGAGGCUAAUCGGCUGUUGUUGGGGGAGAAUGUCGCGUUGCAGGAGAACUUGGCAAAUUACGAGGACACAAUGAAGAGCCUAAUCUCGUCCAGCGAGCAAGAUAUUGGAAAAUUCCGUGAACAAUUCGGCGAAAUUCAAGAAAAUCAUAAGCAACAACGUGAGGCUAUGAUUGCUGAAAACGAUGCGUUGAGAGAGGAAUCGGCGGCGAUUAAACGGCAAAGAGAUAUUGUUCUCGAGGAGUCCGCACUGCUUAAAGAAGUCAACGAAAAACUGAAACAAAAAUCGGCAACAGAAGAGUCAAAAAUUGAGCUUCUACAGAAAAAGGCAGACCUUCUGGAACAAGUUUUGGAAGAAGAACGAGCAAAUCAUCAGAGAGAAAAAGAUGAAGCAGUAGAGCAAAAGAAAAAUAAUUUAGAGUCUCAAAUUCAAUGUGAUGCUGAUGAUGAUGAUGAAAAUUCGACGGAGGAGCAGAAGCUGAACAAUGAGAUUAAAAUUUUAAAGCUCCAACUACGCGAAGCUCUCGACGCGAACACAGAAAAGACUGAAGAAUGUGAAAAACUGCACAUUGAGACACGAAAUCUCGAACGAGAAGUGGAUCUUCGUCAGAAUUGUGUCGAUGAGAUGAUUGCACAGACGAAUACCCUCCAAAUGCAACAAGAGAGCAUGUCGACAGCAAUGAAAACCCUUCAGAAGCAGAUUCUAGCGAAUGAACGAGAAAUUUGUCAGUUGGAGGAGAAGCUCACCGAGUCUGAACUGAAAACUCAGAGAUCGGAGGAAAAAGUGAAGAAUCUCGAGGAUUUUAUUGUUGGGGAGAGGAUGGAGGAGGCAGAAGCAGAAGCAGAAGCAGCAGCGGAUGGAGGAGGUGCUCGGAAUGAAGUUUCACAUUUGAAACGAUAUAUUGCAGAUUUACAGUCAAAACUCUCGACAAUGGAAGAAGAGCUAAAAGUGCUCCGAGAGCAGAAACUUGACGAGAAUAACGAGGCGACACAAGUCCGUCAAAUGCUCGAACGUGAUCUAUUUGAAGCUGAAGAAGUCGAUCGGGGUCUACUCGAAGGAAUUGAGAAUCGUGUUAAAGAAAUGGAAGAUCAGCUCGAAGCGAAGGUUAAAGCAUUGAAAGAAGCUAAAGAAGAAUCAUCAAAACUCGAGAAAAAGCUUGAAAAAGCGGAAAAAGAGCGGAUUGCAUUAGAAGUUUUGGAAGAGCAGAACAGAUUUUUGAAUGAAAAAUUGGAAAAAUUGAUGGAAAAAGAAAAUUCUGACCAAACUGGUGCUUCUCAAGCUACAGCAGAACUUCAAAAUUCUUCAAUUUCUCAAUUAACGGAGCAACUGGAAAGUGUGAAGGCUGAGAAUGCUCGCUUGGCGUCGGAAAUUGAAAAAUCUGGAUUAUCAGAGAAUUCUGAUGAGCUCAGAGCUCUCCAGCUCGAAAAUGAGCAAUUGAAGUUAUCCCAAUCCACAUCAUCAACCGAAGAGCUCCGAGCAGCAAUUGCCGUACUUCAACAAGAAAAUGAGCAUUUAAAAGGAGUGGCAAAAACGCAAUACGAAGAAAGUGUAAAGUAUUACGAACAAUUUCAAGCGAUGGUAACACACAAUCAACAGAUGAGUGAUCAAAUGGAACAAGUACAACGACAAACUACAGUAAUCCAAGGGACAAUGGCCGCCGAGAAUGAGGCUCACGAGAAGAAGGUGAAAGAGCUACAACGACUGCGAGAACAUUUGAUGAUUGUUGAGGAGACAUCGACAAGAGAAGCUGUUGAGGCUGAGCAACGGGAGACCGAGUUGAGAGCAAGAGUUAGGGAGUUAGAGACGAAGGGGCAUCAGGUAGAAGAAGGCGCUUCCGAGUCAACACAACAAUAUCAAGUACAAAUUGCAUCGCUGACGUCACAAGUCGAAAGUCUCCAAAAUAAGACGACGGAAUGGAAGAAAAAGUUUGAGACAGAAGUUUCGGCACGUCAACAGACACAGGAAGCACUGACAAGCCUUCAGAAUGUUGUUCGGGAAUUAUCGAUUGAUCAUGAGAAAGAUUCGGCGUUUGCUAGUCAUCGGAAUCUUGAAUUGCAGACUAUGAUUGGGACUCUCAACGAAGAAAUCGCGCAAAUUCGUGAAGACCUUGACCGCCAGUCACUGGGAAAACAAGCUUCGGAAGAAGAAUCCGAACGGAGACAAUUGCAAUUGGAUUCUAAACAAAAAAUUAUUGAAGACCUUGAAGUUCAAAUCGAAGAGCUCCGAUCUCCGAAAAAACCAACAGAAUCGUAUCGUAUCGAUGAUUCAACACUUCGCCAGCUAUUUCUCAGUUAUUUUGUGUCGGAUGCCGCGAAACGGCCCGAUAUAGCACUGCUUUUGGCGAAUGUUUUGGAAUAUCCGGCUGAAGAAAUGGAUAAGUUCAAAUCAGCUGUACGACAAUCAUUCGGUCAACAACAACAGCAACAAUCCUCAUCAUUCUUCUUCGGAUCCGCUCGUUCGACACCUCCACCAAAUGGCCCAACGAUUGCUGAUCAAUUUGUGAGAUUCCUCGAGGCGGAAUCCGAAUCGUCUCGAACUGCUCCACACCUUCCAAUUCGAUCACAACAACAACCAUCGACACCUGGGCUAUCACUGGAAUCACCUAGACAAAAAUCUCCAAAUCCACAAAAUUCGAGCCAAACAGCGUCUGCUUCAUCAUCAGCUGCCGCACUCGAUUCCAUUCUUCGAUAGUUGUUCUUUUAUAAUUCAGUAAAACAUCAAAAUAAUUGUACAGGUCCCCCCGCUUCCCCCCUAAGCUUCGGGUUUUUCACCGAACAUUUAAAAUUAUUUUCUAGGGUUCUUUUUUUUUUUUUUUUGAGUUUCUUCGAGGUUUUCUCAUAGUCAAAUCAAAUUUUUCUAAUUGUAAAUAUACGAGUUUUAGUUUUUUUUUUUUCUGUAAACAAUAAAAAAUAUUUUUAAAAAUU